CCUAGGAAACCCGAGUACACACCUAUGGUACACACUGACCUGAAGACCUGGUGCUGCGCGUGCUGUCUCAGGAGGUUAUUUGGGAAGUUCACCUGGCUGUAACUGAUGGAGACCAGACAACAAGGAUAUCUGGACUCAGAUCCACUGAGAGAGGCUGAUGAAGAUUUAGUCUCUGAAGUCAACUUAAACAACUCCAUCAUCACAGAUGAGGAGAGAGAGGAGAUUCAGCAAGAACUAGCUAAACUGGAAGAGGAGAUCAGCACACUGAGGCAGGUUUUGUCGUCCAAAGAGAAGCAGCAUGCAGAGCUCAAACAGAAACUGGGCAUCAAUCCGCUGAGCGAGAUGAAAAACAACUUGAGCAGAGGCUGGCAAGACAUGCAGACCUCUACGGCCUAUAAGAAGACGUCAGAGACACUGUCCACAGCAGGGCAGAAAACCUCAGCAGCCUUCAGCACACUGGGCAGCGCCAUCACCAGAAAGUUUGGAGACAUGAGGUCCAACUCUAUAGGCUACUCUAUCAGACACUCUAUGAGCAUGCCCGCCAUGAGAAAUUCUCCCAGCUUCAAGUCUUUUGAGGAGAAAGUUGAGAACACCGUGACCACUAUCAAGACAAAGGUUGGUGGUUCAGAGUCUGGAGGCAGCUUUGAGGACGUCCUCUCCUCUGCAGCGAACGCCAGCUCUCAGGACACGCCCACCAGCCCCUUGACGGACAGCACUGAGAAGACGUGUUAGAGCUGCAGCAACAGCACGAGGCGGGACUUAAGCCAAGAACUCUGACCAAUGCUGUAUCCCAGCACCUAACUACUCAAGGCUCCUGCUGAAAUUUCACACUUUUAUUGGAUAACAAAAAAAAGUCUUCUUCUCUGCAACAACAAAAAAAUCCAGUAUAUGGUAGAAAAUUGACACCAUUCACUCCAAAUAUCCCAAAGCUUUAAGAAUUGUUUUUAUUAUGAGCAGGCAAGACCAAACAAACGGCCCUCCAAACCAUGUUGAACCACAGGUGUGGAUCAGAUGAAGGCUAAGGGGAAAGCAGUCAAGCCUUUAGUAAACAUUUAUGAAAUUUCAGGAGGAUUAUGAGCCAAGUCAAAGUCAGCUUGUGGGGCUGAAAACUCAGCUGACAAAUCACAGCUUGAAUUCACAAAAUACAAGGCUCUGACUUCUACUCAGCUUCCAUUCCCUGAUGCUAAAGUUUCAAAACUCUACAACAUCAACACAUAACUUUAAUACCAAGAAGGAAAAAAGUCGGGGGGGGGGUAUUUUUUAGCAAUAUAUUUUUGCUUUAAACAACACUUUAAAGUUUUAACUAUAAACCGGUACUACUUUUUACUAAAGAAAUGUUUAAAUAUGGCUUAAAAUCCAAGUUAAAGUCCUGGAUAAAACUGUAACAUGUACAAAUGAUUUCACACUAAAACAGGAAAUCCUCUUCAGACAUCUAAAAGUUUCUUUUUGCUGUAAUACUACUUACUAUGUAAAAAAUACAUAUAACACAGAUAUACCCAUUUUCUGCUGCCGGCAGUUUGCGUUGGAGCCCUCUUCAAUUUCAUAAUUGAACUGAGCACACAUUUUAGGUUGGUGCAUUGUUACUAGAGAAUAAAGUAGUCUGUAGAAAGAAAAUGACCCUGUAGACUUGCCAUGAGCCGUGUAGUUUGGGCAAAAACAGGUUGUAUUUUGAAAUGUAACGAUAGAGCAUCUUUUCAUGUUUUUCUUAUGACAGAGUAGAAAUGGGAAGUCAAAGAACAGAGAAUUGAUUUGUUACUUAACAAAUGGAAUACUCUGCUGGAUGUUUAAAAAAAAAACAAAAAAAACACACAGCUGCUAAACAACUGUUACACAUCAGGCUCAUCCUGAAGGUCAACAGAUGCUGACAUGUCAUGACCCUGAUAACACACAAGGUUUUCACCUGCUCUAAUAACACCACACCGGUUUCAUUAUGGACCAAAAAAAAAAACAUCUUAAAUUGAUCACAUGUAGCUGAUAUGAAAUGUACAGUAUAUACCAUGAAUGUUAAAUCCCACUGUAGCUGCAGUACUGCUGUAAUUCAACCCUUCACAGUAAAGUGACCCAAAGCACUUCCCUGAUUUUUAACACCCCUGUGCUGAACUAACUAGUUUGAUACUGAAGAAUGAGUUUUUACUACUUUUCUUUUCAAAGGUUGGUGCCACUAAAUAUUAAACACAGAUUUGUAUGUUUUUCAAAGUAUCACUCUGUUCUAAGAAAUAUAUAUAAUCUUUUUGGUGUUUUACUUUCUCAUGUUUGUUGUAGAUGUUUUAAAAGAUGUUGUUGUCUUUGCUGUGGUUUGAAGAGACGCCUCGCAUCAUUUCAUGUUUUCUGCACUCCGCCUGGUCGUCUUUUUAUUCAGUGAUGAGAGAUGAGCAGCAGGAAAACCAAAUAACUGAGGUGAUGCUUGUUCUGUCUAUUAUGUGUCACAUUGGUAGAUGUGUUGGGUUGGACUUCAAAUCAACUCUGCAUCACUGUCUUGUUUCUCAAACAUAAUUUGUUACAUUCAGAUAAGGUUUUUUUUUUUUUUUAAACCUGUAUGCAACUAAUCACACAGCAUUAUAAACGACUGUCUAUGGUUAAUGUACGGAUAUUAAAAAUUGUUUAAAUCAACACAAACGUUGAUAUUACAUGAAGCUCUCUUACUGAUAAUGAUGCAAAACGAAGGUUAAAGAACCAAACGUACGACAGUUUCUGUAAAAAUCUGCAGCGUACUUUAAAGAACAUCCGCAUCUGA